UACAUCCCUCGUCACAGAUCUAGAAGGCAAGGGGGAGGAGCUAGCGUGCGAUGACUCCCAAGCGAGAGAGAAACAGCGCCUGCGGAUAGAAUAGACACUCACGUGAAUGGACCUAGAUUACACGUCAUAUUCCCGCGUGGUUUGAAUAGGGGACUCACAGAUGUCAUUUAAUGACUGGAAACGCUCCAGCUUUCUCUCCUUCAGCAGCUCAAUCCUCAGACCUUCCACAACAAACAGCGACACCUUUUCACUUACCUUCUCAACAUCAGCGAAAUCCAACAGAGCAGCACAGCGACAAUGUCUGCCCCAAAUACGCCCCCCUUCCCUGCAGCACCUGCAUAUCGGCGUCGUUCCUACGUCCCGCCCUCGAUAAGCCCAGCCGUCGUGCCCUCGGCCUGGCAGCCCUCGUCUUCGUCGUAUCCCCCGCCCACGCCCAUGGCUCCCUUGAUGCACACCGUCCCCCUGCCUGCUGAGACUCCCAGGCCCUUCUCGCCUCGCGGCUUGCCAUCGCCCGCGCUCACGUCCACGCCCCCUCCCAUGGGUGGGAUGUUCAGCCCUCGCUCCGCACCUGCCGUGCUCCCUUUCCCAGGGGGUUACCCCUGGCCCCAGGCUCAAGCCCCGGCUGUCCUCCCAACCCCAGCAGCAUAUGGUCGCGCGCAGCCCGCACCAAUCCCCAUCCCCAUGGGUCGCCGUCCUGCCCAUGGGCGCGGCCUGACCCUCGUCCAGCCUAGUCCACCGUGUCACGCCAGCCCGGCCUCCGCCAGUGCUUCCGAGCCGCGCUUUCGCUCCUCGGGUCAGUCAUCCCCACUCAGCAUCCCCACCGACGUCGACAGGGACAACACGCUCGUUAUCCCUUCCUCGCCCACUACCCAGGCAGCGAUUCGUCGCUCGCACGCUGCCAUCUCCAUGGCCCUGAACAGCGCGCAUCCGGUCCUGUAUGCUGGACGCAGAUACCUUACUGCUGAACAUCUCCUCGAGGCCAUGAAAUUCAAGUACCAUCCAGAGGCAGCGGAGCAAGUUCGGCGCUCGCAACACCCGCGCAGGACGGCGGAGCAGCUCGGCCAAUACGUGCGCCUGGAUUGGGAAUCACGCAAGGCCGCCAAGGUACAGGAGGUCGUAAGACUCAAGCACUUGCAGAACCCCGAGCUGGUGGAGGAACUGCUCGAGACGGGUAACAGCUGCCUGGUGGACGAGUCCGAUCCGCAGAUGAACCACCUCGGUGGGGCGUUGAUGCGCCUGCGGUGGGAAUAUCAACCGAGCGGCGCAGACAGCCUGGGAUGAUUAUUGGGCCUGGAGAAGAAGUGUCGACGAUACCCAGCUGCCUCUCGGCCCUCAGGGCCAGCCAACGCACUUUCAACAGCAUCUGCUACACCAGCAGCGUGCCCCCCGCAAAUAGGGACGCCGCCCCACAUCGCCAUAGGGAACCGCGCAGCGCCUGGAACGACUUUCUGGGCCGGCGCAGGAGCCGGGAUGGGAUGUAGCAUGCGAGCGCCGCGGCACACAUGCAUGACGGAUAGGAUAGUUUGUGGCUUGAUCUGUCGUGCAUCUGUUGAUAUGUACUAGCUUCAUACACGGUAGAUAUAGACUGCUGCAAAUGUCAGCGCAUAUACCCUAGCUGGUCACUCUCGUACGCACCAAGUAACGCUACGACACCCCAGUCAAGGGGCACGUCUCCUCUUUCUCGUCGUGCCCUCCGCGUCCCCGACACCAUUUGCCCGCACCACCGCCUGCUGCCUCAGAUGCUCCGGCACUUUCUCCCAAUAGAUCCUCUCCCUCUCUCCCUCUAUCAGCUCGAGCCUGACUGAGCUCGCAUCGCCAUCUAGCGGUUUUUGGAAAUAUGCUAUCGCUUGCUGUGCCAGGGCAGCAGAGGAGAAACGGAUGUAGCAGGUAUCCAUCCCCUUCUGCCAGUCUACAUAAUCCACACCUCCGGCCUUUCCGUCCUCUAGGGCGGCAGUGAACAGCGCCUUGAGGGCAGUUUUGUUCGUCUGCUGAGGUAGGGAGCGGGCGAAGACCAGGCAGCCCGGUGGGUAGGAUGCAGACUGAACUUGAUGAAACGGCCGUUUCUUGGGUGGUGCGGUUGGGAGUUGUUUCAUAUGUGGUGGGGGAGGAGGUUGGCUGGUCAUGGAUGUUGCGGCAGUGCUGACCGUUGUGGUCGGGCCUGGUUUUGGUCUUGAAAGUUCAAGAAGUCGCCGUUGUUCAGCGAGAUAGUCAGCUUUGAGUCUGAGCCAGUGCAACUUGGACAACGAACGAAGGCCAUGUUGCUUGGCGAGCUCAAUCAUAGGCAGAAGCCCCUUCCUCUUAGUCAUUUUGAUACCACCCCCUUCUUCAUCCUCAUCUUCGUCCUCUUCGUCAGCUUCAUCGUCCCGCAUGAACGGCUUGCGCAGUUCAUGCGAAACAACCCAUGGCCAACGCUGGACGAACUGGCAUGCUAAUUCCUCACUUCUGAAGACGACGAAGGCAAACCCGCG